AAGAGGAGAUGGUUUGUGCUUCGCAGCGGUCGCUUGACAGGGGAUCCAGAUGUAUUGGAAUACUACAAAAAUGACCAUGCCAAGAAGCCUAUCCGUAUUAUUGACUUAAAUUUGUGUCAACAAGUGGAUGCUGGAUUAACGUUCAACAAAAAAGAGUUUGAAAACAGUUAUAUUUUUGAUAUCAACACUAUAGACAGAGUUUUCUAUUUGGUAGCAGACAGCGAGGAGGAGAUGAAUAAGUGGGUUCGAUGUAUCUGUGACAUCUGUGGGUUCAACCCUACAGAUGAAGAUGCUGUGAAGCCACCAGUCAGUUCUUUACAACCAUCUACUGAGUUACCCUUGCCCAUGAACACUCCACUGCCUUCCAUGCAAGCAGAAUCUUCCCUACCUCCUCCUUAUCAGCUUAUUAACAUCCCCCCACUGGAGUCUUUCUCUGGUCAAGAAGAUCCUCAAGACUACCUACUGCUAAUAAACUGUCAAAGUAAAAAACCUGAACCUAUGAGAUCUCAUGCUGACUCGGCAAAAUCCAGCUCUUCUGAAACAGACUGCAAUGAUAACGUGCCCUCCCACAAAAAUUCUGCUCCAUCAGCGAGCAAGCACGCUGUGAACGGCUUUUUUCAGCAGCAAGGUGCUUAUGACUCCCCACCUUCUCGCAGUGGACUGACACUGGCAGACUGCAGCCUUUAUAACCUGCCUAGGAGUUACUCGCAGGAUGUUUUACCGAAGGCAGCGUCUCCAUCUGGGACUGAUGCAGAAGGAGAGCAACAUGUUUUCAAUACUCCAUCAGCAACAUCUUCAUUAGACGCACAGAUAAGACACAUCUCCAUUAGCUAUGACAUUCCCCCCACACCUGGAGGUACUUACCAGAUUCCACGAACUUUUCCGGAGGGAACGUUGUCUCAGACUUCAAAACUGGAGACUAUUCCAGAUAUUCCUCCACCUCGGCCACCAAAACCUCACCACACUGCAGAUCGAUCUCCUGUGGAAACGUGUAGCUUUAGUCGCACUGCUUCAGACACUGACAACUCGGGAUGCCUGGUGCCAAGUGACAGGAACAGGGAUGAUAAAUAGCCAAUUUCUCUUCUUGUUUCUUUAGAAAUUAGUUCUCAAGACUGUUAUGAUAUUCCACGAACGUUUCCGAGUGACAGAUCUAAUUCAUUGGAGGGCUUCCAUAACCACUUUAAAACCAGAAGCAUGUUGGCAGUGGGAAGUGUUUCAAGUGAAGAACUAGAUGAAAACUAUGUCCCAAUGAAUCCCAACUCUCCUCCACGACAGCAUUCCAGCAGCUUUACUGAACCCAUCCAGGAAACAAACUAUGUACCAAUGACACCAGGCACAUUUGAUUUUCCGUUAUUUGGAAAGCAAGUCCCUCCUCCUGCUCACAUGGGUUUCAGGUCCAGUCCAAAGACCCCUCCCAGACGGUCAGUACCUGUUGCAGAAUGUGAGCCACCGCCAGUGGAUCGGAACCUCAAACCAGACAGAAAAGGUCAAAGUCCUAAAAUUUUAAGACCUAAACCGCAUGGUUUAGAGCGAACUGAUUCACAAACCGUAGGUGACUUUACUACAAGAAGAAAGGCAAAACCAGCUCCACUAGAAAUAAAACCUCUGCCUGAAUGGGAAGAAUUACAAGCCCCAGUUCGAUCUCCUAUCACCAGAAGCUUUGCACGAGACCCCUCCAGGUUUCCUAUGUCUCCCAGACCGGAUUCAGUUCAUAGCACAACUUCCAGCAGUGACUCGCACGACAGUGAAGAGAAUUAUGUAUCCAUGAAUCCAAAUCAGUCCACUGAAGACCCAAAUUUGUUUGGAAGCAACAGUAUUGAUGAAGGAAGCAGCCCUAUGGUAAAACCUAAAGGAGAUAAACAAGUAGAAUAUUUAGAUCUGGACCUAGAUUCAGGAAAAUCUACUCCACCUCGUAAGAAAAAGAGCAGUGGUUCAGGCAGCAGCGUGGCAGAUGAAAGAGUUGAUUACGUUGUGGUGGAUCAGCAGAAAACGCUAGCGCUGAAGAGCACACGAGAGGCAUGGACUGAUGGGAGACAGUCUACAGAAUCUGAAACGCCUACAAAAAGCAUGAAAUGAAAAUACUGCUUUUUCUGCAAAGAGCAGAAAGGAAUGAAUUUUGAAGAAUUAACAGAACCACACUGGCAGUGUUGUUCGACUGCACCAUGCCCGAUUCACUGGUGUGUGAAUAGGUUCAUGACCGAAUGGGAUGGAAGCCAAAAGGACCCUUUGAAUAUAUCAAAGGAAUUUUAAGAUCAUAAUUGGCUCUGUGGUCUCUUGAAAAUUUGCAACCUGUAAAUAACAUGUAAAAUAGUAUCACUUUAGCUUUCAGAAAACCUUUUUUUCUGUAGUUAACACGUUUGUAGUAUUACUAUGUUUAUGCACUUUUUCAGUUACAAUGUUGGUUCAGGUAUUCCUAGUUAGUGUACCUUAAUGCCUAAUUCAUCUGGAGAAUUUUUUUUCCUUACACUACUAUUCCUUACAAUUUUAGGUUAAUUAAGCUACUUGUAGAUACAGAGAUUAAUAUUUGAACUCCGUUUUAACAACUUAAAAUUGAUUUUGCGGAAACACUUUCACAAUUGAUCUACUUGAAUUGCCAAGUGAUGAACGUUAGUUACAUACUUGUUUAUAUUUAAUACAUGCAAGAUUAUUUGGAAGUCUACAGGUUACCUUCCUAACAAAAAUUGCUGUGAGUUAAUAAUAAUGAACUGUACUGGGUUUAGACCUACAAUCCUGGCUUAUAUGUUAGUUGUUAGUGGUGGAACUUCUAUUGUAUUUUAUUAAUGACAGUGUUCUGUGUUCAAUGAGUGAAGAUUCUGCAGGGUGGGAUCUUCCACUUUUAAAGACUGAAUAAUUAAAUAUCAAGUAAGCCUGCAAACCACUGAUGGCAUGCAGUAAUAUUGUGAUCUCACACUUAUUAACAAGAAAUAACCUUUAUAUUAUUUACAGAAGGUAGAGUAUACAAAUCAGGUACGUACCAAGCACUAUUGUGCUAAUACACUGAUCAGGUCUAGACAAUGAGCUUUAGUUUUGUACUAUUUAGAAGUUCUAAUGUCAGUUUUCAGUUCAAGAUUAAUGGGACAGUUUGACAUUCACUGUUUUUAGUACUAGCAAAAUACUGUGAUUUUGAAUUAGACAUUAAUUCAAAUGAAAAUACUAUGUUUUGAUACCAUAGUGCCCUUCUUAUGAUCUCUAUUUUAUUUUAAUCUCCUGCUUGGCCUUAUAUUUAAAUCCCUAUGCAACUGAUAUUUUAUAACUCUGUUCUUAAAAAUUAGAUAAUAUACUUAAAUGGUCCCCUUGUAAACCACUUGUUGCUCUUUCCUGGUACAGGAUUUUAAGCUCUGUAUACUGUGAUCCUUUAUUUUACUAUGCCAGUUCCAAAUAAUAAUCUCCCUUGGUUUA